GCCACCGCGACAAUUCCGGCGUUGUUAUUCGUUCGCUAUCUCAUCCUCAUGGAGUGGAAUGAAUUGCUUUUUGGAAUUUAGAAAUGGAGAGAAGGUGAAGCUGCGCAUCCAUGUGUAGAUAUUUGGAAGUUAGAACUAGGGUUUUCUGAUUUCUGAUAGGUUUGGAGGUGGCGGGAGGUGGGGAUUUUGACUGUUUGGUGGGUCUGGAGAAUGUGGGUUCGGAGCUUGAUGAGAUAUUUAGGGUUUUGGAGCAUUCUUUGGGUUCUGCUGGAAUGGAUUCUACUGUGGGUGAAUGUAGACGGGGAGGGGCGGAGUGGUGGGAGUAGAAAUGUAGUGGACUGUUUGUUUGUUGUGAUUUGAGCUGUUGAAUGUGAUUUGAGCUGUGGAAUUUGGUUGCUGGGAUUUGUUGCUUGAUUAGGAUGCCGAGUAUUAGAGCUCCUGCUUCCAAGAAAACUGCGACCUUGCUGGUGGCUGUCAAAUGCAGGCCAUUGACUGAAGCAGAACGGCGCAGAAGUAGGAGUAUUAUUCAGGUUUUUGAUGAUAAGAAUGUGGUUGUUUUGGAUCCGGACUUGUCCAAGGAUUACCUUGACAGAAUUCAGAACAGAACUAAAGAGAAAAGAUACUGUUUUGACCAUGUUUUUGGGCAUGAAUGUACAAAUUCGGAUGUGUAUAAAAGCGUUCGUUCAACAAUUACUGGGGUUAUUCAAGGCCUAAAUGCAACUGUUUUUGCAUAUGGUUCGACUGGAAGUGGGAAAACAUAUACCAUGGCUGGGACUCAAAAUGAUCCAGGACUCAUGGUUCUAAGCCUAAAUACUAUUUUUGAACUAAUCAAGACUGACAAGAGCUCAGACAACUUUGAAGUCUCUUGCUCUUACCUUGAAGUUUAUAAUGAGGUCAUUUAUGAUUUGCUUGAAAAAUCAUCUGGGUACCUUGAGCUCAGAGAAGACCCUGAGCAUGGCAUUGUUGUUGCAGGUUUAAGAAGUAUUAAGGUCCAAUCAGCUGAUAGAAUUCUUGAACUUUUAAAUCUUGGAAACAGUAGGCGUAAGACAGAAAGCACAGAGGCCAAUCAAACUUCAUCUCGUUCACAUGCUGUACUGGAGAUCACUGUGAAAAGAAAACAGAAAAAUCAACACCGCAGUCAGAUUCUGCGUGGAAAGCUUGCACUCGUAGAUCUGGCUGGAAGCGAAAGAGCUUCUGAAACGAAUAGUGGAGGCCAGAAACUUAGAGAUGGAUCAAAUAUUAAUCGCUCACUUCUUGCUUUGGCGAACUGCAUCAAUGCCUUAGGAAAACACCAAAAGAAGGGUCUCGCAUAUGUUCCUUAUCGAAAUAGGUAUUAUACGAUAGUGCUCUGCAGCAAGCUGACUCGGAUAUUGAAGGAUGGUCUUAGCGGCAACUCACAAACUGUUAUGAUUGCUACCAUUUCACCUGCUGAUGAUCAGUAUCAUCAUACAGUCAAUACCCUGAAAUAUGCUGACCGCGCCAAGGAAAUCAAGACACAUGUACAUAAAAAUAUUGGGAUUAUCGACACUCACGUCGCAGAUUACCAAAAAAUGAUAGACAGUCUCCAGGUGGAAGUUUGUCGUUUAAGAAAAGAACUGGCUGAGAAGGAGUCUCUAAAUGUAAAACCUGUUGAGAAAACUUCAAAUGAUGAGAUUUCUUGGCUGAAUGCUCUAAGCCAGGAAACUGGUGAAAAUGUCCAGGAACGCAUUAAUCUACAGAAGGCAUUGUUUGAGCUUGAGGAAACAAACCUUCGAAACCGCACUGAACUGCAACAUCUAGAUGAUGCCAUCACAAAAAAUAAGGUUCGUGAUCUCGCAUAUCUCAAUACUAGUUAGAUUUUAGGGAUA